UGCUCUGGGGGUUGGAUUUAUGGCUCAACCCUGAUGGACUGGGGAAAGCUUGGAUUUGCUUACUUCCGGCGAACAAGUGUUGCGAAGUGUCGGCUUCGGUUUUCCAUUUGUAAGAAGAAACCGACCUUCCCAGCCCUGACUGUGGGAGCUCGGUCUUCCAGUAGAGUUCCUUGAGGCUGGAGCCUUGAGGAAAGGGAAUGGGCUUUGUGUCCAGGCGGGGGCCUUGCCCCUAACCUUCGCUGGGCCGGUCUCCGUGUGUACGGUGUCAGGGUCGGUUCCGAGAAAUCCAGGUCCAAAUCUGUACUUAUUUCCCUGCUUCUUUUCGGGACCAAUGAAGUCUCCCGUUGGUCUGUCAGGCCCUUGUGGCUUGAAGGACAGCACCAAUUUUGACCAUUGUAAUGUUUUUGAUCCCUGUUCUGACUUAAGUUUGACGUAAUGGUAGAGAGAAGGAGCGACUACAUCUGGACUAGUUAUAGGUUGCACACUAAUGAACGUGUCCUUCAGAAGAUAUUAAAGAGCAGAAAACAGAUUUGACCAGUGUAAAACAGCUAAACUGGAGAGAGAUCCCUCUGAGUUUGGAAUGAUAAUGACAGAAUCUAGAGAAGUUAUAGACUUGGACCCUCCAGCUGAGACUUCACAAGAACAAGAAGAUCUUCUAAUAGUGAAGGUAGAAGAAGAAGACUGCACCUGGAUGCAGGAGUACAAUCCACCAGUGUUUGAGACUUUUUACCAGCGCUUCAAGCAGUUCCAGUACCAUGAGGCAUCAGGUCCUCGGGAGGCACUCAGCCAGCUUCGGGUGCUGUGCUGUGAGUGGCUGAGGCCGGAGUUACACACCAAGGAGCAGAUCCUGGAGUUAUUGGUGCUGGAGCAGUUUUUGACCAUCCUUCCUGAAGAGUUCCAGACCUGGGUGAGAGAACAUCAUCCAGAAAAUGGAGAAGAGGCUGUGGCUGUGGUAGAAAAUAUACAGCGAGAAUUAGAGGAACGCAGACAACAGAUUGUGGCCUGUCCUGAAGUCCUUUCUCAGAAGAUGGUGCCAACGGGAGCUAUGCAGGAGUCCUUCAGUCACCAACUUCUGGCUCUGGACCCCCAGCCUGAACAAGAGCCACAGAAGCCUCAUCUGGAAGAAAAGGCCCUUCCUGCUCUCCAAGUUUCUUCCCUUCCCCUGAAGGACAGCCAGGAGCUGACAACCUCACUUCUCUCAACUGGGUCCCAGACAUUGGUGAAAAUUGAAGAUGUGGCUGAUGUGGCUGUUUCCUUCAUCCUGGAGGAAUGGGGACAUUUGGACCAGUCCCAGAAGUCUCUCUAUAGGGAUGACAGGAAGGAGAAUUAUGAGAGUAUUACCUCCAUGGAUUGCAAGUCCAAGAAUGACAAUAUGGAACUCAUAGUAAAGCAGAUUUCUGAUGAAGCCAAAUCACACUGGAUGACAUCAGGAAACACUGAAAGAAAUGUUCCCCAAAGCCAAGAGUUUGGAGAAGUCAAUGACCUUCACGGCAUGGCAGAAAGGUGGCAGGUAAACCCCAGUGUGGAGAAGUCAAGGCAGAAACCUUCCCAGAAAAGAGAUCUUGGUGCCGUCACAGACAUUAACCAUAAGCAAAACACAAAUGCUGAGAGAGGUCACAAAUGUAAUGAUUGUGGUAAAUUUUUCCUUCAAGCCUCAAACUUCAUUCAGCAUCGGCGAAUCCACACUGGAGAAAAACCAUUUAAGUGUGGUGAAUGUGGGAAAAGCUAUAACCAGCGUGUGCACCUUACUCAGCAUCAGCGAGUCCACACUGGUGAGAAACCCUAUAAAUGUCAAGUGUGUGGAAAAGCCUUUCGUGUGAGCUCCCACCUUGUCCAGCAUCACAGUGUGCACAGUGGAGAGAAACCCUAUGGAUGUACCGAAUGUGGGAAAAACUUUGGUCGGCACUCCCAUCUGAUUGAGCACCUGAAGCGUCACUUCAGAGAGAAAUCCCAAAGAUGCAGUGACAAAAGAAGUAAGAAUACAAAAUUGAAUGUUAAGAAGAAGAUUUCAGAAUUUUCAGAAGCAGACUUGGAACUAUCUGGAAGAAUGCAAAAAAAUGUUUCUCAAGUUCAAGAUUUUGGAGAAGGCAAGUUGGAUAGAAAGCAGGGAAUUCCCAUGAAAGAGAUAAUAGGACAACCCUCUUCCAAGAGGACAAAUUUCAAUGAAGUCACGUACGUCCACAAAAAAUCCUCCACAGGAGAGAGACCACAUAAAUGUAAUGAAUGUGGAAAAAGCUUUAUUCAGAGCGCUCAUCUUAUUCAACAUCAGCGAAUACACACUGGGGAGAAACCAUUUAGGUGUGAUGAGUGUGGCAAAAGCUAUAAUCAACGUGUGCACCUAACUCAACAUCAGCGAGUCCACACUGGUGAAAAACCCUAUACCUGUCAUUUAUGUGGGAAAGCAUUUAGAGUGAGGUCUCAUCUUGUUCAGCAUCAGAGUGUGCACAGUGGGGAGAGACCCUUUAAGUGUAAUGAGUGUGGGAAAGGCUUUGGGAGGCGUUCACACCUUGCUGGGCAUCUGAGACUUCACUCUAGAGAGAAAUCCCAUCAGUGUCAUGAAUGUGGAGAAAUCUUUUUUCAGUAUGUUAGCCUCGUUGAACAUCAAGUGCUCCACAUGGGUCAGAAAAAUGAAAAAAAUGGCAUUUCUGAGGAAGCAUAUAGUUGGAAUUUAACAGUGAUUGAAGAUAAGAAGAUUGAGUUACAAGAGCAGCCUUAUAAGUGUGAUAUAUGUGGCAAAGCCUUUAGUUAUAGUUCUGACCUUAUUCAGCAUUACAGAACUCAUACUGCGGAGAAAACCUGUAAAUGUGAUAUAUGUAGAGAAAAUGUUGGUCAGUGUUCCCACAUAAAACAAUGUCAAAAAACCUAUUCCAACAUGAAAUCCCAUCAAUGUAAUGAAUGUGGCAGAGGUUUUACUCUGAAGUCACAUCUUAAUCAACAUCAGAGAAUCCAUACUGGUGAGAAACCCUUUCAAUGUAAGGAAUGUGGAAUGAAUUUCAGCUGGAGUUGUAGCCUCUUCAAACAUCUGAGAAGUCAUGAGAGGACAGAGUCCAUAAAUACCUUAAAUGUAUAAAUGUUUCUGUCAUAGCACAGUUCUUAAUUUAGAGAAGCCUUCCUGAAGAGAAACGCUACUCCUAUAAUGAAUGUAGGAAUAACUUCAAACAAUUUCUCCAGCUUAACAAACCUACAGAUAUGUUGAAGUUCAGUUAGAAUUCAGGAACACUGGAAAACAAUAGAUAAUCUAUUUGCUUUUCUCAAGGAGAAAUGCUUUCAUUAGCAUCUUCAUGCUUGAGAAUGUAGACAAAGGAGAACCCAUGGAUGUGGUAGGUGAAGGAAAGCCUUCAGAUGGCAUUUAUUCUUCAUUUGAAUCUCAGAACAUUGACGUUGGGAAAAGCCUCGUGAAUACAGUAGACAUUAGUUUUAUUUGUAGUUUCUGCCUUGUUUGACAGCUUAUCUAUUCAGGGAAGAGCACAGGUAGAGAGAGAGAACUCUUCAGCAUGAUACUCAUUUUGGUACCUCCAGUGAACCUUCCCUAGAAAUGAUUAUCCUAGCCAAUAGGAGGCACCAGUCAUUGUUCCCAUCAUAAGUAUUAAACCUUUUGAAAAAAAAUUGACUUGUUUAUAUUUUGGCAGA